AUGGCAGUAGCAAGGCAGAAAAGUAAGAGGCUUUAUACCUCAAUCUUCCAGUUCAGCCGCUUCUUAUCUUCUGGCCCACUUAACCCACCACCCCUUGUUCGUUCACGAAGGGUCGUUGUGACUGGAUUAGGGGUGGUGACUCCGUUGGGUUGUGGUGUGGACGUGACCUGGAAACGUUUAGUGGAAGGGGAUUGUGGAAUUAGAGCCAUUACCACUGAAGACCUGAAGAUGAAUGGAUUUGAUAGAGAGAAACAGUUGCAUACUUUUGAUCAAUUAACAUCCAAAGUUGCUGGAAUUGUACCAUGUGGAUCGAACCUAGGUGAAUUUAAUGAGGAGCUGUGGCUUAAUACGAAGGAUCACAGGUCAAUUUCAAGGUUUAUAGGCUAUGCUUUAUGUGCUGCCGAUGAGGCUCUAAGAGAUGCAAAUUAUAUACCCUCUACACAGGACGAGAAAGAAAGGACGGGUGUUUCUAUAGGUGCGGGAAUUGGCAGCAUCACUGAUAUAUUGGAUGCUUCAAACAUGAUCUUUGAGAAGAAAUUACGCCGGCUCAGUCCAUUUUUCAUCCCAAGGAUACUUAUAAACAUGGCUUCUGGUCAUGUGAGCAUGAAGUAUGGAUUCCAGGGACCAAACCAUGCUGCAGUGACAGCUUGUGCUACUGGGGCUCACUCUAUUGGAGAUGCCACAAGGAUGAUUCAGUUCGGAGAUGCUGAUGUCAUGGUUGCUGGGGGGACUGAAUCGAGCAUUGAUGCUUUGUCUAUUGCAGGAUUUUGUAGGUCAAGAGCAUUGACGACCAAGUACAACGGGACUCCUGAAGAAGCUUCAAGACCUUUUGAUUGUGACAGAGAUGGGUUUGUAAUAGGUGAAGGUUCCGGCAUCCUUGUUUUGGAGGAGCUGGAGCAUGCAGAAAGGCGUGGAGCUAAAGUUUACGCUGAAAUUCGUGGUUAUGGGAUGUCAGGUGAUGCAUACCACAUUACUCAACCACAUGGUGAUGGAAGAGGGGCCAUUUUGGCUAUGAAACGUGCUCUGGAGCAGUCUGGCCUAAAGCCUGAUCAGGUGGGUUACGUUAAUGCACAUGCUACAUCUACUCCUUUGGGGGAUGCUAUAGAAGCCAAGGCUAUUAAGUCUUUAUUUGGCAGUCAUGCAGACACUCUGGCCUUGUCCUCCACAAAGGGUGCUGUUGGGCAUCUUCUCGGGGCAGCGGGGGCAGUUGAAGCAUUAUUCUCAAUUUUAGCUAUACACCAUGGAAUUGCACCCUUGACACGCAACCUGAAGAAGCCCGAUCCGAUUUUUAAUGCCGAUUUCAUGCCUUUGAGUGCUUCAAAGAAGAUGCAGAUUAAAGCUGCCAUGUCCAACUCAUUUGGCUUUGGGGGAACAAAUUCAUCACUGCUCUUUGCUGCUCUUAGUUGA